AUGCAAUUAUGGUUGCUGAUUACUUGUAUUGUGGUAUGCGGUAUCCUGAGCUCUCUUUUUUCAGGACUGUCGCUGGGAAUCAUGAUGCUUGAUACUCUUCAAUUAAACUUACUUAUAUUAGUAUCCGAGAAGAAUAAAAAAGAAAUAAAUAAUGCAAAGAAUGCUAGGAAAAUAUUGCCAUUAAGAAAUAAUACGAACGAAAUAUUGGUAACAUUUAUAACAGCUAAUGUUAUGGUAAAUUCUGCCUUCAGCUUGUUAUUAAGUGAAGUCACUGACGGAUUUACUUCUUUUAUAAUAUCCACAUUAAUAAUUACAAUAUUUGGAGAAAUCAUUCCUCAGUCUAUAUGUUCUAAACAUGGAUUAGCUAUAGGUGGCUUUUUUGCACCUCUAAUCCAUGUUCUGAAGUUUCUUCUUUAUCUUUUUGCUAAGCCUACUAGUUUGUUGCUCGACCACUUCGUCGGUAAAAACGUGCUGAACACGUACGAUAAGAAACAACUAAAAGCUCUAGUAGACAUGCACAAAAGUGCUGCGAAUAUUUUACAUGAAGAUGAAGCUAAGAUUUUAGUAAGUGCUCUUGAGCUGUCCCAAUAUAAGAUUGUUCACAUUAUGACGGACAUAGAUUAUGUUUUUGGAAUUAAUUAUAACAGUGUCAUAAAUUAUGAUACAAUAAAAAGAUUAUUGAGGAGUGGUUUUUCAAGGAUUCCCGUUAUUAACAGAAAUAAAGCGGAAUGUAUUGUAGGACUUAUACAUAUAAAAGAUUUAAUAAAUAUAUGGUUCGGUAUAAAUAAAAUUAUAUUUGAUAACAAGAAUAAAUUAAUAAGAAAUCAAAAUAUAAAGAAAAAUGGAAAAAUAAUACAAUUAUUUUAUAAAAAAAUAAAUGCUAUAAACAAAAAUGAAACAGAUGAUUCUUUAAAUGAUGUACAAAGUGGUUAUUAUUAUAUGAAAAAAAAAUCAAAAAAAGUUAGAAUAGCAAAUAAACUUUUUACAUUUAAUGGUAAGAAAUUAUAUAGUCAUAAGAUUUUAAAGGAUAAACAAAAUGAUAUAUCUUCAUUAAAUAAAAAACAAAAUCAUAUUACUUUAUCAGAAGAAUAUUUAAAUGGAAAAAAAAAAGUUAUAAAUAAUUAUCAGGGUAUAUAUAGUAAUGAAAUAUAUAAUAUAAAUAAUAAAGAGAACCAUAAUAAUUAUAAUGAUAAUAUAAUACAAACAGACUCAAGAAGUAGUAAUAAUAUUUUAAAUGUUAUAAACAGUGAUAGUACGAGCUAUGAUGACGGAUCAAACAAUGAAGAUGUCAAAAUUAAUAUAGGAGGAGCUAGUUAUACAAAUAAUAGUAAUAGUAAUAAUAGUAAUAGUAAUAAUAGUUGUAGUAGUAUAAAUACCAAAAAUAAACAUACAAAAAUAAUAAAUUCAAGUUUGGUACAAAGUACAAAUGGUUAUAAUAAAAAUAUAUAUAUAUGCAAUAUAAAUAACUCAUUAGAAAAUCAUCCAUAUAAUAAACUUAUCUCUAAUCAAAAAAAUAAAGCACAAAACAACAAACAAAUCACCAAACAGAACAAAAUAAAAAACACAAUGGAUGCAUCCUUUAUCUUCAAACAUAAUUAUCAUGAUAUUGGACCAUCUGAUAUUAUUAAUCCUUCUAAAUUAAGAAAUAAAAAAAAACAAGAUAUGAAAAAGGCACCAAGAAUUAUUACGAAAAAUAAAAAAGUUAAUUUUAUAGAUUACCUAUCAGAUAAUAUGAUGGAUACGAAUGAUGAAAAUAGUACAAUAUCUUCAUGUAAUGAAUAUAUUUAUACAAAUAUUAAAAGUAAAAUAAAUUUUUAUGAUAAAAAUCGUAAUAAAAUUAAAACAAAACACCUAGCCAAGUUGUUCAAUAAGAAGAAGAAACAAAUAACCUUCAAAUUGUGGGAUGGCGACAAAAAAAAGGAAAUUGAAAAGAAUAAUAAAGAAAGCGAUCAUAUGAGUAACAACCAUAAUAUUGAUACUAUUGAUAAUGUUGAUAAUAUUGAUAAUGUUGAUAAUGUUGAUAAUGUUGAUAAUAUUGAUAAUAUUGAUAAUAUUGAUAAUAUUGAUAAUAUUGAUAAUGUUGAUAUUAUUAAUAGUAGUAGUAAUAAUAAUGAUGAACAACAUAAGGAUGUUCAGAGCGGGGAAGAAAUUAUCGGCCUCAUAGACGAUGAUAAUAUUAAUUUACACCUUAAACAUAAUAAUUCUUACCAUAAUAAUAAUAAUAAUAAUAAUUAUUAUUAUUAUAAAGAUAUGAAUAAAAACCCUGAUAUAAAAAAAACAACAAACCUUACAACAGUCAAUAAUUCAUAUAAUAAUAAAAAUGAACUUUCGUAUGAAUAUAACAAUACAAAUAAUAAACAUAAUCACAUUUUAAAUAACCAUAAACAACCGGGAAAGGAUAUGUAUAACUCAGACAACAUAAAAAGUAAUAAAACUAUAAACAUAAAGAAUAUAAAAACUUAUGAUAAAAAAGAUCCAACAAUACAAAAAACAAAAAAAAAAUGGAAAUUUUCACAAAGUAUAAUGAUAAAAGAAAAUUUGAAUAAAGAAAAAAAUAUGAAAGAAAUAUAUAAAGAUAUAAAAAAUUAUAUAAGUAUUAAUGAACAUAAAAGUAUUGAAAUUCCAUUAAAAUAUAUAUUAAAACAUAUAGGAAGAUAUAUAUAUGGAGUUGAUUAUAACGAUAGUAUAUUAUCUCUUUUAAAUUUUUUUAAAAGCGCAAGUAACCAUAUGGUUGUUGUAAGAAAAGUUAUAUAUAAUGAUAAUGAAGAUCCAAAAUAUGCGCAUAUUGGUAUCAUAACAUUAGAAGAUGUAAUCGAAAUAUUAUUACAAGAAGAAAUUUCAGAUGAAUUUGAUUUUAAGAAAAUUAAAACGGGUUCUAGUAUACCUUCUAAUUUUGUUUGGAAAAAUUCAGAUGAUUCCAAAAAAAAAAUGAGAAGUAAAAUGAGAAGAAGAAAUCAUAAGGUUGUUUUUGAUAAAGACAAUGUUAAAAUGAUAGAAGGGUUAGAUGUGCAUGCAUCCCAAAAUAAAAUGUCCCUAACAACAACAAUAAAUAAUAAUAAUAAUAAUAAUAAUGAUGGUGAUGGUGGUGGUGGUGGUGGUGGUGAUGGUAAUAGUUGUGGUGAUAAUAAAAUUCAACGCUCAAGAGAUGUUACAAAAUUAGGAAUAUCCCCUUCACAUAAAGAUGUUUUACAAAGAGCUCAAACAAUUCUCAAAUAUAAAAAAGAUAUUAUGAAUUUCUUAAAAGAAAGUAUCUAUUUUAAAUACAUAGAUCCACAACUAUUAAAUCAAUAUAUACAAAGAAAAAAAAUCAAAACGUUAUAUAAAGAUGAAAUGUUAUUAAAAGAUAAUACAUUCUUAAAUUAUGCUAUUAUCUUAAUAAAAGGAAAAGUUAAAAACUUAUCAUCAUGUAAAUCACAAAAUAUUAUACAAGAUAAAUGUUUUAUAGGACUAGAAGCUUUAGGACCUUCAAAUAUUAUCGAACUUUUUAAUCAAACAAUUGAAAAAAGAAAUUCACUUAUAAAAAAUAUUGAAGAAGAAGAAGAAAAAAAAAAAAAAAAAAGAAGAUUCACAUUCUCAAAAACACGAUUAACAUUAAAAAGCUUUAGAAAAAAAGAAACCAUCUUAAAAAAAAACAAAACCAUCACAACCAAAAAAAUACCCAAUCAAGUUACUAAAUCAAACACACAUGUUAUAAAAAAAAAUAUAAACAUCUUAUUUAGGAAGUGGUAUACCCAGCAUGUGUAUUAUAACAAAAAUGCAUAUGUAGCCGAAACCACAUGUGAAUACAUGAUGAUUCCUAAGAGUGAUUAUAUGGAUAUGAUAAUAG